AUGUCCGGCUCAGAUUCUCCAGGCCACCAAGGCCGUAAAAAGAACCUUUACAUUGCCCACCGCCGCUCGCCGUCUGAGUUGACCACGUUGAUGGUGGAACAGUAUAACCUCCAGCGGCAGUUGGAGGCCGUCCAGUCUCAACAGAAACAGCUUCUUCAGCAGCAAGAGGGCCACCUGAGGCUGCCUUCGUUGGGCCAUCGCCGCUCGGGCUCGGCCUCGUCCCAGAACCAGGGUGGAGGCGGCGGCGGCGGCCAGGGCCAGGGCCACGCUAGACGUCACUCCUUGGGCUUAAACGAGGCCAUCAAGGCGGCUGCCAACCAGCGCCAGGCUCAGAAUCCGCCUCCUCCGGCCAUUUCCACUCCUGAUUCCCCAUACCAGUCUCUGCAGCAACUGCUGCCUCCUGGCGAUAUUGCCCAAUUCCGGUUUCCCUCCACCAACUAUGCUGCUGCCGCCAGUGCCGGUCCGUCCGAGGGAUCUCCUAGAGGCCACUCCCGGUCUCGUUCCGCCCAUGGCCAGCAACUGUUUAAGUUUCCUCCUGAAAAUAACCCCUUACACCCUCCCGCUCCGGCCUUUUCCAGCCUUUCUCCUGAACGUGGCCAGGGCCACCUGAGACGCUCCUCCCACUUCCGCCUGAACCUGAAAAAUGACUCUAGCAUCAAUUCGAAUUGGCGUUCCCAGCAACAGCCGGCUUCUCAUCAACGCACACAACUGUCGUUAGAACCCCCUCUGUUUUUCGUUCCGGGCCAUAAAGGCCGUGGGUCUUCCUUUGGCGGCGGCCUGGUGCUGUCCUUGUCGCAAUUCAUGCCCAACCAGGGCAAUCAAGGUGGCGGAAGUGGCCGGAAAUCCCUUUUCGCUCCCUACUUACCCCAACUGUCAUUGCCUGAGUUAAUCAACGAUGGGCGUCUUGUCGUCGGCACUUUGCGGGUCAACAAGAAGAACCGUUCCGAUGCAUACGUGUCCACGGAUGGUCUUCUUGACGCCGACAUUUUCAUCUGUGGCUCUAAGGAUCGUAAUCGUGCCCUUGAAGGUGAUCUCGUGGCUGUUGAGUUGUUGGUUGUGGAUGAAGUUUGGGACUCCAAGAAGGAGAAGGAAGAGAAGAAGCGCCGCAAGGACAAUACAUUGACCAAGAACAAUGCCACCUCCGUGUUGAGUGAUGACAUUCAUAAUGACGCUACUUCCACUCUGCCCGGAAAUGAUGACUCUAAAGCCGAAAACGAUGGCGAAGGCCUUGGCAGAAGAGGCUCUCUCAAGCAGAGACCUACCAUGAAGAAGAACGAUGACGUCGAGGUUGAAGGCCAGGCUUUACUUUUGGUUGAAGAGGAGGAGAUUAAUGACGAAGUAAAGCCUUUAUACGCUGGCCACGUCGUUGCUGUUGUUGACCGUAUCCCUGGCCAGAUUUUCGUCGGUACUCUCGGACUCUUGAGACCAGCACAGGCUGCUCAGGCUGCCAUUGAUAAGAAAUCUGGUAAGGAGCCUUCUGUUCAAACCCCCAAAGCACCAAAGAUUGUAUGGUUCAAGCCUACAGACAAGAGAGUGCCCUUGAUUGCUAUCCCUACCGAACAGGCUCCAAAGGAUUUCGUCGAGAAUCACGAGAAAUAUGCUGACCAAAUGUUUGUUGCAUCCAUCAAGAGAUGGCCAAUCACUUCUUUGCAUCCUUUUGGAACCUUGGUUGACAAGUUGGGCAAGGUUGAUGAUGCUGGAGUUGAGAUUGAUGCUAUCUUCAGAGACAAUAACUUCUCUUGUGACGAAUACCCAUCGAGCCUUGAUGGUGACGAUGGGUACUUACAAUCCCUUUUAAACUCCGUACCAAGCGUGGAGACCGAGUUGGCCAACCCCAACAGAGCUGAGUUCUUCAACGACUACGUUAUCGCAUUCACCGAGGACAACCAGUUCAUCGACCACGCCAUGCAUGUCAAGCGUCUCAGUAACACUAUCAUUGAGUUGGGAUUCCACGCUGUUGAUAUCUCUCAUUUCGUCCAGCCUGGAUCCACAUUGGAGAGAAAGGCAAAGAAGAUUUCUUCCUCCGUUUUCUUGCCUCAGAAGGCUGCUCAUUUAUACCCUGCUGAAUUUAAUGACUUGAUUUCUUUCAAGGAUAAUGAAAAGAGCUUGGCCGUUUCUGUCACUUUUGAAAUUGACACCACCUCUUUUGAGGUUGAGAACGUUCAUAUCCGUGAGUCUGUGGUCAUCCCUAAGCUGACGGUAUCCUUUGACGAUGUGGAUGCCAUCUUGGGUAACGGCGCUGUGAACAGUGAAAUCACCUCUGCUACAUGUGACUACAUCAAGACAUUUGCCCUUAUUGCAAAAGAGUUCCGCCGUCAGCGUUUGAGUGACAGGACUCUAGGCAUCAGCCCCAGCUUGACCCUCUUGGACCAACUUGAUGAUGAGAAGGUCAGAUUGCAUUUGAACAUUUUCGAGAGCAGUUUCGCUUUGAGAAUUGUUUCCGAGAUUGGCCACAAGGUUAACUCCACAAUUGCUGCCAAGGUGCACGCUACUUUGGGAGAUGAAGCCUUCUUGCGUCGCCUGGCAUUGCCAACUUUGCAGAAGAUUGAGAACUUCUCCAAGAAGGCAUACAAUUUGGGAUUCAAGAUUGAUACCUCCACUUCCAGCAGCAUCCAGCUGUCGAUCUUGAAGAUCGAUGACCCUCUCAAGAGGCAAUGCAUUGAAACCUUGUUAUACAAGUGUAUGCCUCGGGGCAAGUACUACAUUGCUGGCAAGCAAGAUUCCGAAAACUUCUCGCAUUAUUAUUUGAACUUAUCACUCUACACUCAUUUCACAUCUCCGUUGCGCAGGUUUGCCGACCUUAUUGUUCACAGACAGGUGAAGCAGGUUAUUAAUGCUACUGAGCGUGAUAAGGCGCCCGAUUUGGACGCUUUGAAGGCGAUUUCCGAUUAUUGCAAUUUCAAGAAGGAUUGUGCAGCCAAUUCUCAGUACCAGGCAAUCCAUUUGUUGUUGUCUCAAACCAUCAAUGAGAUGAGCGAACAUGCUGGUCAAUUGUUGGUGAUGGGUACUGUUCUCCAGGUGUACGAGUCAUCGUUCGACGUUUACAUUCCAGAGUUUGGUAUUGAAAAGAGAGUGCACGGUGAUCAAUUGCCCUUGGUGAAGGCGGAAUUCGACAAGGCCAACCGUGUGCUUGAAUUGUUCUGGGAAAGAGGCGUUGACCUGGCUACCUACAUUCCUCCAGAUGAAAAGUCGGCGUUGAGCUACAGAUCUUCCAUCAAGAACAAGUACCGUACGUCUGCUCUGGAAGCUGCCAAGAUCCAGAGAAAGAGUGCAUUGGAGCGGAACAACAACAUUGUCCCUGAUAGCAUUAUCGAGAAAUUGGGAGCGAUGCAUAUCGAUGUGCCCAAGGUCACCACACCUCAGGUGAAGAAUACCUGGCAAUCGAUGCCUUCGUCCCCAUCGCGGACCCUGUUUGGUGGAACCAGCCGGCCAUCGUCCGGAUCAUUCCUUGACGCCAAACCUGACGACGGCGGGUUGAGCCCUUACUUACAAGACGUAAUCACUCGCGUGGAAAACAAGUCUUAUAUCCAAGAGAUUCGUGAAAUGCAGCCGGUGCCGGUAUUGUUGAGGGCAGAAAUCGGCAUGGCGUUGCCAUGCUUGACGGUACGGAUCUUGAACCCGUUUGCCGACGCAUAA